AUGUUGUUUAACAAAACCGGCAAUUGCCCGUACACAGAGGCUGUUCAAUCUCCGGAUACCUCCAAUCUCGGAAGGUACUUAAACUAUUGUGACCGCCUGUCCUCGUCCCACACCCACACCCCUCCCCCACCAUUCCCGCUACUAUUCAAUCAAAUCAACACGAUGGCCCCGGCACUGUCAACUUUGAGGUGCCCAAGCCACCCUAUGUUCACCCGUUCCCCAUUUGACAUCACCAAGACGCUCCCGCCCGCAAUCAGCCCCGGUUCAACAUAUGGACAGCUCAUGUUCGAAUCAACGUUAGCAUUCGUCGACAACCAGACUGGUGAGGAUGUAAACAUGAAAAUCAAACUUCAGGGAUAUGGAUCCACUACCUCUUCUCUUUUAGAAGACAAAAUCUAUUUCCUAUCUGGCCGGCUGAUUUCACCAAAUUCAAAAACCCCCCUGGUCCUUUACUACGACCAGGAAAUGACUUUUCCUAUCGCUAAUUCAGAAGGCUACAGUGUUUCACUUGCUAACAAAGCAGGGUGUUACGGAUUUGGGGUCGUUGUUUCCAAGGUAGAAGCAAAGGAUGAAUCAUCAUCUGUGACUCAGUUCAACAAUCUGUUUGUGAAGAUCCGUCACACUGACUACGAUGUUCAAAUUGCGGGCAACCGGAACCUCGCUAAACCUUUUGGCCUAUUCCAAGUUGGUCGAGAGGUGGUCAUCUCAGGCUACAUUGCCAGGUACAGUGUUGAGAAUCGCAUUGUCUGUGUCUGUAUCAGCCGGGAAAAAUCUACCAACGUAACCAACCUACAGGAUGCAGGGCCUCUUAAUGUCAAGACGCGCCGGCCAAUCCAGAUUAAUUUCAAGAGCAACAACAAAGGAUCUGCCCAAGUUCCACUCCCAAAUUCACAGCACAGUGGCCCUGAUGAGGGUUUCUCAAAGUGCAAAGCCGGAAAAUCCUCUGGCCGAGCCAUUACCACCACUCCCCCAAAGAAACGCAAGUACAAAAAGCAUGUUCAAAACAAUGAACAAGAUGAGGACCGAACUAGCGAUGACGACUCCUCCGAUGGAGAAGGCCUUGCAAAACCAACUCAAACUCAAGACAGUAACCCCUUCCAACUUCUCCCACUUGAUCCCCUCCUGAAAUAA